GGCGUCACGGUUCCUUCCCUCUCGCUAGUCGCCAUCUCCCAGUUGGCGCAUUACAUGGCGUGUGUGAUUCCACUCGACGACGGCGACGCCGCCAACUGCUGAAUCCGCAUCAGGUGGAAGAGAUCGAGUUCCCGGCGGGAUUCGUGGCUGGUCUCCUCCUUCAAUGCCCGUCAGAUUUGGCUCUGAAGGUUAUUUCAAGGUGUUCAGGGGAGGAACGGCGAUACGGUGGUUGAAACGAGUGCGGCUAGGAGGAGGAGGAGGAGGAGGAGGAGAUGAAGAGCGGUGGUGGAGGAGGCGCCGGUCAGCCUUACUCUGUUCCGCCCGGGAAGAGGCGGUGGAAUUUUCUGGUGAUUGCUGUUCUCUGUCUCGUGUUCCUUUCCAUGCUCGUGCCUCUCAUCUUUUUGCUCGGAUUACACAAUGGCUUCCACACUUCCCCUGGAUAUGUUACUGAAAAACAAAGUGCAUUUACUAAAAUGGUUGAUGUUUCUGCUCAACAUGAAGCUGAUAUACCUAGGAACCAAUCAGAGGGCAAGCAAUCUAGUCAUAUAGAUGAUGUUAUAAGAAGAUUGGAACCUACUUUCCAUAAGGAUUUUCAGAAGAGCAUUGUGAAAGAAGCUGAGAACAAUACGACUAUUGGGCCUCCUCUGUCAAUUGCCAUGCCUAAAGAACAUCCGAAAGGAGGUAGCAACAAUGUUGAAACUAUGGAUGACAAGCUGACCGAUACUGAGGAGGGUAUAAAAUUUUGUGAAUUAAAAUAUGGGAGCUACUGCUUAUGGCGUCAAAAGAAUAAGGAAAAAGUAAAUGAUUUCAUUGUGAGAAAGAUGAAGGAUUUAUUAUUUGUUGCUCGGGCUUAUUAUCCUAGUAUCGCAAAGCUUCCAGCUCAGGACAAGUUAUCACUUGAAAUGAAGCAAAACAUUCAAGAUUUUGAGCGUGUGCUCAGUGAGACCACUGUUGAUAAGGAUCUUCCCUCAAUGAUUGAAAACAAGCUAAGUAAAAUGGAAGCUGUAAUUGCAAAAGCAAAAGGUUGCCCUGUGGAAUGUGGUAAUGUUGACAAGAAAUUUAGACAACUAGUUGAUCUGACAGAGGAUGAAGCUAAUUUCCAUGCGAAACAGAGUGCUUUCCUGUACCAACUGGCAGUCCAAACAAUGCCAAAGAGCUUCCAUUGUCUGUCAAUGCGACUAACUGUGGACUAUUUUAGAUCUUCUCCACUCAUUGAAGAUCAGUCACUGGCCGAGAGAUUUUUGAAUCCAGAUUUGCAUCAUUAUGUUAUAUUCUCCAAAAAUGUACUAGCAUCUUCUGCUGUAGUGAACUCAACAGUUUUGCAUGCUAAAGAAAGUGAGAAUCAAGUAUUUCAUGUGUUGACAGACAGGGAGAAUUACUUUGCCAUGAAACUGUGGUUUUUACAAAACAAAUAUAAUGAAGCAUCAGUUCAAGUUCUGAAUAUUGAGGACCUUAAUUUGGAGGAUGAUAAUAAGACAUUUCUAACACAAUUCUUGCUGCCUGAGGAAUACCGUAUUUUCCUUCCCAAAGCUGAUAAAUCAUCCACAACUCAAAUGAGAACAGAGUACUUAUCUGUGUUCACACAUUCUCACUAUCUUCUUCCGAAGAUCUUUUAUUCUUUGAAGAAAGUAGUGGUUUUGGAUGAUGACAUUAUUGUACAAAGAGACUUGACAGACUUGUGGAGCAUUAAUUUGGGUGGGAAGGUGAAUGGCGCUGUACAGUUUUGUUCAAUUAGACUGGUUGAACUGAAGAAUUUUUUGGCUGACAAGAUUUUGGAUGAAAGGUCUUGUGCUUGGAUGUCAGGAUUAAAUAUCAUUGAUCUAGUCAGGUGGAGGGAGCAAGACCUUUCGGGGAAGUUCCAACGACUUAUGCAAGAGCAAUUAAGUAGAGAGGAGGGGCUAAGUUUGCGUGCCACAUUGCUCACCUUUCAAGAUGAGAUAUACGGCCUUGAUGAGAAGUGGGUUUUGUCAGGGCUGGGGCACAAAUACGGUCUCAACGCAGAAACCAUAAACAGCGCAGGGGUUUUGCAUUUCAACGGGAACAUGAAACCAUGGCUCGACCUCUGCAUCCGCGAGUACAAAGAUUUUUGGAGCAAGUUUCUGAACAAGGAAAACCAAUUGUUAAGAGACUGCAAUGUGAACUGAGUUCUAGUUAGAGACUACACGCGUUCUCGGCCCGCUGAUAGUGAAACAUGUAUGGUUGGGAUCCCACAUACACAUCCUCUCCCAAGCUCAAGAGGCAUUACAUAUAUACAUAGCCUGACGAGUUUGGCGUUUCAAUUGUUUGGUUAAUAAAGAGAAGAUAGUGUGUUUUUUUUAAACCUCUUGGCAAUGCCCCUAUAGACGAGGCCCGGAAGCUUCUUCGCUUGAUGAAUGAUUAUGGAAAGCAUUCGGCCGAGAAGGAAAGUGCACGAAACUAAUCACCAGAAGCAAGCAAAAGGCAUGGGGUUUUCUUUGAAGGGAGAGAAUCUCAUGUUUAUUCACAGGGUGGGUGAGAUACCAGAGCUAAAAAUCCAAUUUGUUUUGUUUUUGUUUUUGUUUUUGUUUUUUUUGUGGGAAAUUUCAAUAGAGCAAGAAUUAACACAGCAUGCAAUUUUACUGUAAGCCCUUGGUAAUUCUUUUUUUUUUACUCAGCAAGUGUGUUUAAUUCGUAUAUUUAGUGAUCCCCCCCUGCUCUUUUCUGUGUGAAAU